CGUGCAAAGGAGACUAGACACACAAAUACAAACAGAAUGCGAGCCGUAAGCGCAGCAGCGCCGCCGUUGCUGCUGGUGGUGUUUCUUCAGGCGCUCAACUGGCAGCUGGGCGUGGCCGUGUUUGGGCGCGAUGAUUGCCGCGAUCUGACCAUAUCGUCGUGCGAGUGCGCACCAUCCUUGUCGGAGUAUGAGCUCAACUGUCCCGGCAACAGCUACAAUCCCAAAUUCAAGAUUACCAUCCGUCCCGGCUACACGGUCCAGAUCGAAUGCAACCUGACGGAUGCCUCGGAGUACAAGCAGAUGCCGCGGCUGAACAUCGGCAGCAUCGAUAUGGUGCAGAUCAGGCGCUGCCCGCUGCCCUAUCACACGCCCAUAGCGGGCAUCAUGGAUCACCUGGGCAUCAACAAUACCAAAGUGCUGAUCUUUGAGGGCAACGACUUGGGCAUGAAUGUGACCCGUAAGCACCUGGAUCGUCUGCAGAAUCUGCAGCGGCUGCGUUUCGCCGCGCGCCGCUUGCCCUACAUUCCCGAGGACUUGCUGCAUGAUAUGCACCAUCUGAGCUGGCUGGACAUGCGUGCCGCCAACCUGGGUGAGCUGCCAGCAAAGCUGCUGGCCAACAUGGAGAACUUGCAGUUCCUCGAGCUGGGCAGCAACAAUCUGCGGCAGCUGCCGCGCGGGCUCUUCCACAAUCUGCACAAGCUGUUGCACCUGAACCUGUGGAGCAAUCAGCUGCACAACCUGAGCAAGCACGACUUUGAGGGCGCCGUCUCUGUGAGGGAUGUGGAUCUGCAUAACAAUGGCAUUGUUGAGCUGCGACCGGAUGUCUUUGAGCUGCUCACCAAUGUGACGGAGAUCAAUUUGAAUGGCAACAACUUCCGCUCGCUGCCCGCGGGCCUCUUCGAGCACAACAAGCAGCUGGAGCAGGUGAAGCUGCAAAACAAUCGUGUACCGCUGCCCACGCUCCCGGCCCGCCUCUUUGCUGAUCUGCCCAGGCUGCGCAUCCUUUAUCUGCGCUGUGAACUGGAAUCCAUCCCAGAAGAUCUCAUUGAGAACUCGAUGAACAUCACAGACAUUUCUCUCAUGGACAAUCAUCUGAGCACGCUGCCCGCCAAGCUGCUGGAGCAUCAGGUGAAUCUGGUGACACUGGAUCUGCACAAGAAUCGCUUGAGCCACCUGCCCGACGGCAUCUUCAGCCACUUGUCCAAGUUGGAGAACUUGAAUCUGGCCGAAAAUCGACUCACUGAAAUCUCCAGUAAGCUCUUCAGCAAGCUGGUGAAUCUCAAAACCCUCCGCAUGAACGAUAAUCAUCUUGUGAGCAUACAGCCGCAGGCUUUCGCUUCGAACGUGCUGCUGCGUCAACUGAACAUGGCCAACAAUCGCAUCAAUUUCCAUGAGUAUAUGUCGGUGCGCGGAGUGGACGCGGAGCUGAGUUCCCCAUUCGCACAUCUUAGGAAUCUGACGACCCUCAAUCUGCGCAACAAUUCGCUCAUGGUCAUAUUUAGCGACUGGAAGUAUGCGAUGCGCGAGUUGCAGGAGAUCGACUUGAGCUAUAACAACUUCACCUGGCUGGACUACUCCGAUCUAGACUUUGUGUCCGCUUUCGAUCUGACUAUCAAUAUGACCCACAAUAAGAUAAUCACCGUGCACUUCUACAGGCAGGCAGACUUCCCGCCCAUCGACCAGGGCCAGCGGCUGGUGCAUGGGGUAAAGUCGGUGCGCGUGGAUCUCAACGAUAAUCCGCUCGUCUGUGACUGCACACUCCUGCGCUUCCUGCAGGUGGUGCGCGGCGACAUUCAGCCGGACUAUGCAAAGAACUUGGUCACGUUCACCGACCGAUUGAACUGCCAGGCGCCAAGCGCCUUGGCCGAUCGUCCCAUGCGCUCCGUGCAUCCCCGUGAACUGGUCUGCAAAUUCGACCUCGCUGAGGAUCCGGCCGAGAGACGUUGCCCUCGCGGCUGCGAUUGCCUGGUGCGCACCUUCGACGCGACGCUAAUCAUCAACUGCUCCAAUGGCGAGCUGACCAAAGUACCCAAGCUGCCACGCCUGCCCCAGAAUCUGCGCGAGAUGGAGCUGUAUGUGGAAAACAACACCUUGCUCAAGCUGCCGAGCAACACAUCGCCCGGGUACGAGAAUGUGACCAGCCUGCACGUGGCAGGCAAUAACCUCACCCAGUUGGAGCUGAACCAGUUGCCCAGAAACCUGAAGUACUUGGAUGUGCGUCGCAAUCAGCUGCAGGUGCUCAACUCAACGCUGCUCGGCUAUCUCAACAGCACGAUGGACAACAUGACGCUGCGUCUCUCCCAGAAUCCGUGGGUGUGCAACUGCGAGGCCAGGGAACUGUUGCUCUUCACGCAAAAGAAAUACGAGCGCAUCCCAGACUACACCGAGAUGUACUGCGUCGAUGCGGAGAUGCCCACGCCCCUUAUGGAGCUGAACAUCAAUGAUAUCUGCCCACGGCCCAGGAGUCUGUUCAUUGCGGUGAUUGUGGUCAUCUCGCUGGCUGGUUUUCUGAUUGGCAUCACCGCUGCGCUCUACUACAAGUACCAGCAGGAGAUCAAGAUCUGGCUGUACGCCCACAAUCUGUGCAUGUGGUUCGUAACCGAAGAGGAACUGGACAAGGACAAGAAAUUCGAUGCGUUCAUUUCGUAUUCGCACAAGGAUCAGAGCUUCGUGGAGAAGCAUCUGGUGCCGCAACUGGAGCACGGUCCACAAAAGUUUACGCUCUGCGUGCACGUACGCGACUGGCUGGUGGGUGGCUUCAUACCCGAGAAUAUUGUGCGCUCCGUCGCAGACUCCCGUCGUACCAUCAUCGUGCUCAGCCCGAAUUUCAUCAAGUCGGACUGGGCACGCAUGGAGUUCCGGGCGGCCCAUCGAGCGGCGCUGAACGAGGGACGCUCCCGUGUGAUUGUGAUCAUCUACUCGGACAUUGGCGACAUUGAGCAGCUGGACGAUGAAAUGAAGGCGUAUCUGAGAAUGAACACCUACCUGAAGUGGGGCGAUCCAUGGUUCUGGGAUAAGCUGCGCUACGCCCUGCCGCAUCGUGCACCCAUUGGCAAUGCGGGCAACGGCGCCCUGAUCAAGUCGGCGCUCAAAGGCUCCACAGAUGAUAAGCUCGAGCUGAUUAAGCCAUCGCCCGUGACGCCGCCCCUGACUACGCCGCCCGGCGACACGACCAAAAAUCCGCUGGUCGCACAACUGAAUGGCGGUACCCCCCACACAGCCAUCAUGAUUGCCAACGGCAAGAAUGGCCUGACGAAUUUGUAUGCGCCGAACGGUAAGGCACACCAUGGCAACGGCCACAUCAAUGGCGCCUUCAUCAUCAACACAAAUGCCAAGCAGAGCGACGUAUAGAAAUGGCGCAAUGUGGAGCCCGACGAGGAGGAGCUCCUGUUUCACUGAGGCAUUCAAUCCUUACGCUAUGACCAAUUCCGAUUCCGAUCAGCUGAAUGUAUAAAUGACAAAACCAAAUGCCUAGAUAACAGCAUUCUUGUAGCCAACUGAAAUUGCACUCAAAUUGAUUUCUCUAGGCAUGUGUAUGUCUCUGAGUGUGUGUGAGUGUAUGCAUGUGCGUGUGUGUGUGGGUGUGUGUUUGCAUCUGUGUCUGUGUUUUGGUCUAGUUAAAUUCUGUAGAGUAAUUUUACAAAAACGAAAAAACAAAAAACAAAAAAUCUAAAAAACAAAAACAAAAGAGAAAACAUUGCAUCUGCUGCUGGUAAAUCCAAUGCACAAAAUUGGUGAAAAUUUUCAAUUUUCAAUACUUCCUGUGGCCUUUGUUGACAUAAACAAAAAAGAAAUGGAAAAAUUUCGCAAAAAUGAAAAGAUGGAAAACAAAAUUACAUUUUGGAUAGUUGAAAAAGCGUAAGCUAUUCGAGAGCUUAUCAUUCUGUUUAGAGUUAUGUAAGUGUAAGUUAAACUCACUAAGACCCAAUUAUUUUGUACAUUAUAUAGCUAUGAUAUUGUAAAUGUUAUGCCUAAGUUGAGCGCAUGUAAAAGUUGCAGAGAACUCGCAAUCGAAAUAAUUGAAUUUUUAUUUUGCAGAUUAAGGCAAUUACUUUGUUUGCACGAAUCUCAAGUUUUACUUAAUAUUUGAUCAAACUGAGCUUUAGUUCCCUGUACAAUCUGAAUAAUUUGUAAUAAGCUAUCGAUUAAUGCACAUACAUACAUAUGACGUAUCCAAAUAGUAGCAUAUAAACUAUGCCGUGUACUGAAUGUAAUUUA